AUGCCAGAGUCCAGGAGCUCACCCGAGCACAGGGCAAGAGUACUUGUCUUCGGCGCAGGCAACUUUGGGAGCUGUCUUGCUGACCAUCUCGGAGACUCUGCCCACGAUGUCUUUAUGUGGUCUCGUUCUGCGAGGCUUGUAGAACAUUUCAACUCCCACCAUCGAAACCCAGACUUCCUCAAAGAUCACGUCUUUCCUGAAUGCGUCAAGGCCGUUGGUCCUGAGUUUCCGCCAGCCGAACUCAUUCGAAGCAUGGACGUAUUGCUAUUCGCGAUACCCACGCAAGGCGUGCGAGAAACGCUUACCGCCCUGAAGCCCACUUUGAACCUGCAGAACCUCCCUCUUUUCAUAUUUGUCAACAAGGGUAUUGAGAUUGGCACUCAUGCUCUCACGCUCGAUAUCAUAGCAGACACCUGCGGUCCUGAAGUUGCAAAGGUCGCCACAUUUCUGUCUGGCCCAUCGUUUGCAAAAGAAAUUGUCAGAAGACAGCCCACCUCUGUUUCUGUCGCAUCCCUAUCUCCGGAGCAUGCGGAAAAGGCGUCGAGUGUCUUCCAUCAGCCUUGGUUCCGCUGUUAUACAGGGGACGACCCCAUUGGAGUGGAACUUGCUGGUGCAUUGAAGAAUGUGUACGCCAUCGCGUCUGGAAUCGCGGACGGCCUUAGCUUCGAGAACAACACGCGUGCCAUGUUGAUUACCAGAGGCUUGGCCGAGAUGACACGUAUAGGCACCGCCUAUGGGGCGUCUCCUCUCACCUUCCUAUCUCUUGCAGGUGUCGGAGAUUUGUUUCUGACAUGUAGCUCUUCAACGAGUCGAAACUACACCGUCGGCUACAGGCUGGGGAAGGGAGAGCAACUCAAGGAUAUUGUCGACAGCUUAGGUAGCGUCGCCGAGGGUGUGUCUACUGCGAAAGGUCUGAAAGAGGUCCUUGAUGAUUUGGACCUCAGUGCACCUAUCGCAAUCGCGGUUUACGAAGUGUUAUAUGAGGACAAGGACGUGGCUUCACGGGCGAAAGACUUGAUGUCGCUGCCGGCCGUGCAGGAGCUGGACCUGCCGUGUGCUGGCAAGCCUGCGCGGAGGCUGAUGAAAAAACUCGGAAUGCCUCUCUGA